AUUUUAGUUGAUUCAAUUAAUUAACUUCUUCUUUGUUAUUAUUUACUUGCAAGAAUCUGAUCGAAGACAUAUACAAGAAGAAGGUUAAGUUAUUGGAGACAUUGUGGGUCAUCCAUUGAUAAAAGCAAAGAGGUGAUUGUGCAAAGAUUUACAGAUACCAGAGAAGUUUCAUUUCAAGGAGAACACCAAUCAUUUGCAAGGAUCUGAUCGAAGAUCUCAAAUACACUUCAUUCUAAGUGUGGAAUUUUACUGCAGAUUCUCUUACCUAGAAGAUUCUCAAGCUCAAAUAGCAUCAUCACAAUUGGGUCAAGUUAUUGGAGACAUUGUGGGUCAUCCAUUGAUAAAAGCAGAGAGGUGAUUGUGCAAAGAUUUACAGAUACCAGAGAAGUUUCAUUUCAAGGAGAACACCAAUCAUUUGCAAGGAUCUGAUCGAAGAUCUCAAAUACACUUCAUUCUAACUGUGAAAUUUUACUUCAGAUUCUCUUACCUAGAAGAUUCUCAAGCUCAAAUAACAUCAUCACAGUUGGGUCAAGUUAUUGGAGACAUUGUGGGUCAUCCAUUGAUAAAAGCAGAGAGGUGAUUGUGCAAAGAUUUACAGAUACCAGAGAAGUUUCAUUUCAAGGAGAACACCAAUCGUUUGCAAGGAUCUGAUCGAAGAUCUCAAAUACACUUCAUUCUGACUGUGAAAUUUUACUUCAGAUUCUCUUACCUAGAAGAUUCUCAAGCUCAAAUAACAUCAUCACAGUUGGGUUAAGUUAUUGGAGAUAUUGUGGGUCAUCCAUUGAUAAAAGCAGAUUGUGCAAAGAUUUACAGAUACCAGAGAAGUUUCAUUUCGAGGAGAACGCCAAUCGUUUGCAAGGAUCUAAUCAAAGAUCUCAAAUACACUUCAUUCUGAGUGUGGAAUUUUACUUCAGAUUCUCUUACCUAGAAGAUUCUCAAGCUCAAAUAGCAUCAUCACAGUUGGAAUACAAGUCAUAGCAUUCUCUCACAGUGUGUAGUUUUCUAUCGUGUCAAGAUAUCUCUUAAUGGAAAAAAGAUAAAGGUCUAGUCAAAACCAGGUGCAUCUGGUUUGUUGGUAGUUACUCAAAGCUUGACAUUUCACAAAAAUAUCAUUGGUUUUUAAGCAAGAUAUAUUGAUGGAGAUUGUAACUGCUAUUGUAUCAAAGGUUGGAGAAUACUUGGUGGAGCCUUCCAUAAACCAAACUCGUUAUUUAUUUCAUUUCAACAAAAUUGUUGAAAAUCUUUUGGAAGCAGAACGAAACUUGAAAUCGAAAAAAGAUGAUGUGGAGAAAGAAAUCGAAGCUGCAGAAAGAAAUGAUGAAAGAAUUAAGGCAACUGUACAAGAUUGGUUGUCUGAUUCGAGAAAAAUCAUGGGAGAAGUUGAGAAGUUGAAAGGAAAAAUAGAAGUUAACAAGACUUGUCUUAAUGGGUGGUGUCCUAAUUGGGUCUCUCGACAUCAGUUGGGGAGGAAAGCAACAAAGACCAGCAUUCGGUUGAAGAAGGUAUCUGUAGAUGGAGGCCUAUUUGAUAGAGUGGGCAAUCUUGCACCUCUAUCAGGUGAACCUUCAGUACCUGAAGAUUUUGACUCUUUCCGGCCUACCACGGAUGCUUUUGAUAAGAUUAUGGAGGCACUUAAAAAUGAUGGCAUCCAUAUGGUUAUAUUGUAUGGGAUGGGCGGUGUGGGUAAAACAACUUUAGCAAAAGCAGUGAGUAAAAAGGUCAAAGAAGAGGGCAUCUUUAAGGAGGUUGUGAUGGCUACUGUAUCCCAAACUCCAAACUUCAUAAAUAUUCAAGCUAAUCUGGCUGAACUCCUAAAUUUGGACCUUACGGAGAAAACUGAAGCGGGAAGAGCUGAGAGAUUGCUUUCAAGAUUUUCAGACUCUAAUAAUAACCUUAUAAUCCUGGAUGAUAUUUGGGAAGAAUUCAAUUUCAAGGAAAAAAUAGGUGUUCCAUUGAGCAAAGGUUGCAAAAUUCUCCUGACAACCCGCUACAGAAACGUAUACACUUAUAAGGAGUAUCAAUCGUUAAUUCCUCUAAAUGUUUUAGAGGAAGACGAAGGAGUGACUUUACUCAAAAGGCAAGCAGGUAUAGAUGAUGACUCUGUCAACUUGAAUACUUGGGCUACUAAAAUUGCUAAAGAAUGUGGUGGUUUGCCUUUAGCACUUGUAACCAUUGGAAGUCACUUGAGAGGAAAGAAGGAUACUGAAACAUGGGAAUUUGUGUGUGAAAAAGUAAAAAAAUCAAAAUUGGAGGAUAUAAGUCAUGUUAAUAGUACACAAAGCGGUGUCUAUGCCAUUCUUAAGUUGAGUUAUGAUUACUUGAAAACCGAUGAAAUUAAAUUCUGUUUUUUGAUGUGUUCACUGUUUCCUGAGGAUUUUAAAAUUCCUUUGGAGGAUUUGGUUAGAAUAGGAGUGGGGUUAGAUUUAUAUAAAGGUGUUUCAUCCAUUGAAGAAGCAAGGAGGGGCCUAUGUUCAAUGGUUAAAACCUUGAAGGAUUUGGGUUUGCUAUUAGAUGCUUAUGAAAAAGAAUUUGUGAGAAUGCAUGAUAUAUUUCGUGAUGUUUGUCUAUGGAUAACAUCAGAGGGGGAGAAUGUAUUCAUGAGCAAAAUUGGCAGGGAUUUGACACAGUUGUCAAGGGAGAAAGGCUGGAAACAAUAUACAGCAAUCUCCUUGUUGGAAAACAAACUAAAAGAGCUCUCUGUUAGACUGGUAUGUCCUAAGCUUAAAAUAUUGCUAUUGGGUGGUGAAAAACAACGGUUUUCCUUUUCCAAGCAGUUGAAAGUUUCAGAUGAAUGUUUCCAAGAGAUGAAGGCACUAGAAGUUGUAAGUUUAAGAUAUGCAGACCUUUCAUUGAAAUCACUUCAAUUCUUGACAAAUGUCAAGACUCUGGAGUUGUCUGAUUGUGAAUUGAGGGACAUUUCUUUCCUUGCCAAGCUGAACAAACUUGAGAUUCUUAGCUUUAGAGGUUCUCGUUUUGAAGAAUUACCAAUAGAAUUGAGUGGACUCAAAGAACUAAGAAUGUUGGAUUUACGUGGGUGUAAUCAGCUAAAAAGAAUACCAUCCAAUUUGAUACGAAGCUUUUCUCAAUUAGAAGAAUUAUACAUUGAGGACAUCUUUGAAGAAAGGCAGGUUGAAGAGAGGAGUAUUGAAACAGGCAAUGCUAGACUUUCAGAGGUAAAUGAUCUACCUCGCUUGGCUGUUCUGUAUUUGAAAAUAAAUUCAAAAUGCCUUCCAAAAGACUUUGCUUUUUCCAAACUUUCAAGGUAUCAAAUUCAUGUGAACAAAAGUAUUCAUGGAUAUUUAGAAUCAUCAAAAGCUUUAAAAAUUGCUGAUAUUGAUGCAACCUUAUUGACUGCAUUAUUUAAAGCACUAUAUCAUAGUGUAGAACAUCUUAGUUUGGAACGAGUAACAGGUUGUCAAAAUAUCCUCCCAAGCAUUGACCAAAAGGGAUUGAAGAAGUUGAAUACUCUUUGGGUUUCAGAUUGUGAAGACUUGAAAUGCAUGAUAGAUGCAUCGCAAGUGGUGGAAGAAAAUUCUGAGUUGCACCCAAGUUUAGCGAAGUUACAGUUGGAAUUGUUACCAGAAUUGCAGUGUAUAUGGAAGGGGCCCAUGUCCAUUCAUAUUGUAAACUUCCGAAGUCUUAUGGAUGUUUAUGUGGGAGGGUGCAAAAGCUUGGCUUAUCUUUUCACUUUAUCAAUUGUCCGGAGUUUGAGGCAGUUGAAAUCACUUCGUGUAAUAGAUUGUGAGAGUUUGGAGUUCUUGAUCAAGAUAGAAGAGGGUGAUAAUGGCAGGGGAGAGAAAAUGUUUUCGAAAUUAGAAGAUCUCCAAAUUUCAAAUUGCAAGAGAUUGGAAUAUGUUUUUCCAGUGUUUGUUGCAGCAGGUCUUAUACAACUUACAGAUCUUGACAUAUAUGGUGCAACAGAGUUGAAGCAAGUAUUUCAUGGAAAAGAAGAAAAUGAAGUUGCAGAGGAACGAAAGGACAUCAAGUUGCCUAAUUUAAAAAAGCUAAAGCUUUACUACCUUGAAAAGCUUACUAGAUUCUUUCCAAAAAAUAAUCAUUCAACUCUGCCAACUUUGGAAGAGUUCCAGAUGAAAGGAUGUCCGAAUUUGACAAUUAAAGAGGGAGAUCUAGAAGAGUUUCAGAAUCUGCAGGUUGUAAAGAUGAGUAAUUACAGUAGUCAAUCGUGGGAUGGAAUUUUCUCUGGGUUGAGAUGUGGCUUCUUCAAAAAAAUUAAAGAAUUAAGCAUGGAAGACUGUGGAGUACUAGAACAUGAAUUAUCAUUCUCAAAUUUGAAGAAUUUGACCUCUUUAACAAUAACCCACUUCAACAAGCUCAAACAUAUCUUCUCACCAACUGUUGCUCGAAAUCAUAUGUUGCAAUUGAAAACACUAUGCAUCAGAGAAUGUGCGGAAUUGGAGCAAAUCAUUGAUGUUAAAGAUGGUGAAGAAGUUGGAGCAAAUCUUCUCCAAACUCUAUUAUAUAUUGAAGUGGAAAAGUGCCAUAAAUUAAAAAAUCUGUUUCCUAUCUCCAUAGCUCGGGGUUUUCAACAACUGACAUGGCUACAAGUAAUCGAUAACUCUGAAUUGGAGCAAAUCAUUGAUGUUAAAGAUGGUGAAGAAGUUGGAGCAAAUCUUCUCCAAACUCUAUCAAAGAUUAGAGUGGAAAAGUGCCAUAAAUUAAAAAAUCUGUUUCUUAUCUCCAUAGCUCGGGGUUUUCAACAACUGGAAGUCCUAAAAGUAAUCGACAACUCUGAAUUGGAGCAAAUUAUUGAUGUUAAAGAUGGUGAAGAAGUUGGAGCAAAUCUUCUCCAAACUCUAUCAUGGAUUGAAGUGGAAAGGUGCCAUAAAUUAAAAAUUCUGUUUCCUAUCUCCAUAGCUCGGGGUUUUCAACAACUGAAAAGGCUACAAGUAAUCGAUAACUCUGAAUUGGAGCAAAUCAUUGAUGUUAAAGAUGGUGAAGAAGUUGGGUCAGAUCUUCUCCAAACUCUAUCAUUAUUAGAGUGGAAAAGUGCCAUAAAUUAAAAAUCUGUUUCCUAUCUCAUAGCUCGGGUUUUCAACAACUGGAAAGGCUACAAGUAAUCGAUAACUCUGAAUUGGAGCAAAUCAUUGAUGUUAAAGAUGGUGAAGAAGUUGGAGCAAAUCUUCUCCAAACUCUAUCAGAUAUUGAAGUGGAAAAGUGCCAUAAAUUAAAAAUCUGUUUCCUAUCUCCAUAG